AUGGUACAAAAAUCAUGUUUUUGUUGGAAUCCAAAGAAAAAGGGAAAAGGCAGAGAAUAUAUAUUACAACCCCCGAGCAACGGGAUUUCUUUACAAGUAACUGAUGAAAAUCUCGUAAAAGAUGAUGAUUCAAAUUCAACACAUGUUCUUCAGUCAUCGAUCCCUAUAAAAAUAACCACUCCUAAUAAUGAGGUUACCACGCCAAGUUUGGAUCCAAAAGAUUCUAAUUCGAAAAUAAAAAAAAUCAAUGUAAACUCCCUGCACCCUUUCGAGAGCAAUAAGAAAGAAUUGACAAUGCAAGCGACUAAAAAAGUAUUUACAAUGACAUUGGAAGCUGCAGAACCAUUCUUUCCUUGGAUAAAGGCUGUAAACAUGAUAAUUAAUGAAAUUGUAAAUCUAUAUGAAAACGUUGAAUAUAAUAAGAAAACUUGUUUGGUACUAGUGGAAAGGGUUGAAUUAAUUGGUUUAUCAGUUAAAACUUUAACUCGUCGAAUGGAAGAGAAUUGUGAAAAAUUUCGGGAAGAAACUUAUUUUCAUUCAUUUAUUAAAUUACAUAAAAUAUUAAAUGUCGUAAAGAGUUUCAUAGAAGAUGCAUCUCAAUUAAAAGGUUAUAAAAAAUUUCUGCACGCUUCAGAUGUUAAAGAUAGAGCAAAUUCUUUAUUAACUCGAUUAGAAAGUAGUUGUAACGAUUUGCAAUUUUCUAUAAUUAUAUCACAAGAAACAAAAAUUAGAGAACAACAAUCUUUAAGUGAAGACGUUACUAAAAUGAUAAAGUUUUUAAAAUCGUUAGAAACCGAAGGAGAAAAAACCAUUACCGCCGUAAAUCGAGUAUAUGAAGAAGUUUUAGCAAUUUAUAAAAGAAUGUCUGAUAGUGCAAAUGAAGAAAAGAAAUUGCCACCAUCAAACCCGCAAAUAAUAUUUAAUGCCCCAACGAUAAAUCCAAAAGAUUUAGAUGCAGAAGGCAUAGAAACUUCGCAUGAAAACAUUAUACGCAGAAGAUUACGUAAAGCGAUCCCGGUCGCUUGCAAGAUUUUAAAUGUUGCUGAUAACAAUUUAUCGGAGACAAAAAGGAUACAAGCUCAAUUAGCGAUAUUAAAUUGUUUACAAUCUUCUAAUAAAAUCAUCAAAUUUCACGGUAAAUCCGUUAUUGAUGAUUAUACAGUUCUCGUGUUUGAUUGGGCUGAGCAUGGAAAUUUAAAAAAUUUAUAUGAACAAGGACCAUUAAAUUGGGUUGAUAAAUUAAACAUCGCUCAUGAUAUUUCCAAUGGUCUCGUAUUUCUACAAGCAUGCAUGAUUUUUCAUCAUGAUCUGAGAUGCGAAAAUAUUCUUAUUACGGGAGAUGCUCGCUAUGAAGCGAAGAUUGCCAACUUCCAUCUAAGUAGAGAACAUCAUGAUCUGACUAUUCAAAUAAAAACUUACAGCACCAUAAUAAGAUGGUUGGCUCCUGAAAAAAUGCCCAAAGAUAACCAACCUAGUAAAGAGAAAUACAAUUUCAAAUGUGAAAUCUUUAGCUUUGGUAUGUUACUUUGGGAACUUGGCGCCCAAAUGUUGCCGUACAAGUCAAUGGAAAUGAAGGAUAUCAUAGCUCAUGUGAUGAACAAAAGACGAGAAACUUUUGAAGCCUUCGAUCAUGAUCAUCGCAAUGAUAAAUCGCCUAUUUUCAGAGGGUUUAUGAGAAUAAUCAAGGGUGCUUGGGCACAUGAGCGAGAACAACGACUUACCAUAAAUGAUAUAUAUCAAGAACUCGAUGAUUUGGUUGGAAUUCAUUCAUGUCGAAUACUCCCAAAGAGGUCUUCCAGUGAUAUGUCACAUUCUGACCAAAACAAUUCCAAAUCGAAAGCUUCUUCAGUUUGCGAAUUCGAAGAUGAGAUGUUUGCGCUUGAACCAAUAUUGUCACUUGAUGAAGCUAUAAAUACUCACAAACGUGGAGACAAAGAAAAGGCGUGGAAAUGCUUUGAGAUUCACGCAACAAUUGGUGAUCCAAUAGCGAUUUAUUGGAAGGCGUAUUAUUAUUCACAAGGUUAUGUCGUGGAAAAGAAUAUCGGUGAAGCCUUUAAACUUUAUAAAAAAGCAGCUGAUUCCAACGUACCUGAAGCUCAAUUUCAUUAUGCGAAUGCUCUAUUAAGUAUGAAAAAACCAGAGUUUUUAAAUUAUCUCAUUAAAGCUGCUGACAAUGGUUAUUCUAUGGCUCAAUAUACCUUGGGUAAUCUUUAUUUAAAUGGUCGUGAGGGUAUUGAGAUAAAUAGAGAGAAAGGUUUGCGAUAUUUGGAAUCAGCUGCUUUACAAAAUAAUUCGGAUGCAAUUAAAGAUCUAAAAAAAUUAAAUCCUGGUCUACUAGUAACCGAUUAA